AUGACAACACCGAGGAAGGAGAAAAAAAGAGAGGCUAGAAGUGAAGAGAAGGCCGAAAGGGCAGCAGCACUGGAUAAGAGUAUUAAAAAAGAACUCUUGAAACGCCUUCAGCAAGGAGUUUAUGGUGACAUAUACAACUAUCCUGUUAAAGAGUACAACAAAGUUCUUCAUAUUGAAGAGGGGCAGGCUGUUAGUGAAGAUGAAGAUGAGAUGGGUUAUGAUGAACUUGAAGAGGAAGAUGAUAUAGAAGAUUUUGGUGAUUUUUCAAUUACUCAGUCUCAUGCGGAUUAUGACAAUGAUGAGGAAGAGGUUGAACCAGUUGCUGGCAAGAGAGUGAGAAAGGAAACUGGCUUGGCUUCAGGAAAGCUUGAUAAAGAUGAACCUGGUGCAAAAUUGAAGAAGAGAGCAAGGGUGCUUGUUGAGUUAGAUGAUUUCUUUUUCUGUCAUUUUACAUAG